ACAAAGUCAGACAGACAUUUUCAUAUUCUGGAACCACGGAACAGGCCAGUUCUUCUUCAGAAUGGACUCUUCGAGACUUUUGAGCAUCCUGUUCUUAUCCACCCUUCUAGUGAAUGUCCAGGGAUCUGGUCUGCAUGGCUGGAUCUUUUCCAGGAGAUGCCCCAGAAUCCAAGAGGAAUGUGAAUUCAAAGAAAGGGAUGAAUGCACGAAGGACAGACAAUGUCUGGACAGCAAGAAGAAGUGUUGCAUCUUCAGCUGUGGGAAAAAAUGUUUAGACCUCCACCAAGAUAUAUGUGAUAUGCCCAAAGAAACUGGCCCCUGCAUGGCUUUUUUUCGUCGUUGGUGGUAUGAUAAGGAAAAGGACACCUGCUCCGAGUUCAUCUAUGGUGGCUGCAAAGGGAACAAUAACAACUUCCAGUCCAAAGCCAUGUGCCAGAAUAUGUGCCCCAAAAAAGGCUUAUAAUCCUCAUUAGGAUGUACCUGAACAACCACCAGGAUUUGGCUCAUGAUCCAAGGCUCUGUCUGUGUGCCUGACCGAUGUUCCGUGUUGGUUUCCACCGUUCUACUCUCACGUUCCAAGGCCUCAGCUCUUCCCCAUAUGGAGCCCCAGGAUCUGCAUUUGCCUUCCUCUAUCUCAGCC